CUUUCUUUAGAAGAAAAAGAAAAAACAUAUUUGUUAUUAAUCAAAUAUUUAUUGAUGAAAAAUGAAAUCGGAAUUAAAAGAAUUAAAGACAAGAUAUUAAUUGGAAAUUAUAAAACAAUUAAUAUAAAUAUUAAAUGUUUGUUUAAGCAAGAAUGUUAUAUGAUUAAGAAAAAUGACGUCAAGAAGUUUGAAAAUAAAUUAAAUGAAGAUGGAAUUGGAUUUUUAGUUUCUAAUGUAUAUAUUUCUGAAGAAGCUAUUGAACGAGUUGGUAAUAAUGAUAGGAUUUAUUUAUGUCAUGAGAAUCAAUUAGUCAAUGAUAUUAAAAUUGUUGAAAAAUUUAAAUGUAAUAAUUUGAAAGUUAUUACAAAAGGAUUAAAUUUAAAUAAUAGUGAUUUAGAAUUAAAAUAUUUAAUCGAAGAAAUAGUAUUUUUAGAUGAUUUUCAAAAGAUUAUUAAGGAACGUCAAGAUGUUUCAAACAUAAGCAGAUCCUCAUCUUUACAAGUUGAAGUUGAUAAUCCACCAACUUAUGAAGAAGCUAUUGCAGAAAGACAAAUAGAAUCGCAAAAUACUGUUUCGCAAUCAGAAAUCGACCAAGGUAAAAUUUAA